GUUGAGUUUUUCGUCGUCGUCCGGUUCGCGCACAUCGUUUCUGUCUCGGCCGCACCGCAAGAACACAGAAUAAAUAAGAGACCUACUGGGACUUGGGACUGCCACUAUCCACCCGACACAGUGCUCUCGAGUUAAAGUGCAGCGCGAGUGAACCACAGUGAACACCACUAGUCUUCAACUAAGCAUACAAACAGUAAAAUGCAGCGUAUAUAGGAAUCCCGUAGAACGAGUAGAUCCAAAGUAGCAGCCAAGAGAUAAGCCAAGUGUAAAACCAAGAGGAGGACAUGGCUACCAACACGGAACUGCUGCCCUUCCACCACCAGACAAUGGCGGUGUUGAACAAUCUGAAUAGCCACUGUGGCGGAUCCGGCAGCAAUGGAGCGGCCACCAGUGGCGGAGGAGCGGCAGCGGUUGGCGGACCAGGAGGAGCGCCCACCUGGGCCAUGGAUGAACUCUAUCAACAGACUGAGCUGCCCGGACUAACGCGAACCGGGGCCACCACCACGCAUCACCACCUGCUGCGCUUCACGCCCUACGCCCUGCAUCACCGACCGCCACACCACCAGCUUCAGACCCUGCCGCCGGCCUUGUAUUUGCAACAUGCCGCAGCAGCGGCGGCGGCGGCAGCAGCGGCAGCGGCCCACGCACAGCAUCACCAUCAUCAUCACCACCACCUACCGCACAGGCCCGCCUCGCCGGAGAGUCCGCCACCAGUGGAGGGCACCCACAUCAGCAAUCUGUUCCCGGAACUCCUCGAGCAGAUCUUCGAGCACCUUCCAGUGCGGGAUUUGGGCCGGGCGGCCCAGGUUUGUACCGCCUGGCGGGAUGCGGCUUAUGCCAAGAGCGUUUGGAAGGGCGUCGAGGCCAAGUUGCACCUGAAACGCUCCAGUCCGAGUCUAUUCAACUGCCUGGUCAAAAGAGGCAUCAAGAAGGUGCAGAUCCUCUCGCUGCGCCGCUCGCUCAAGGAUUUGGUCCUGGGCGUUCCGGCUCUGACCUCGCUAAACCUGAGCGGAUGCUUCAACGUGGCCGACAUGAAUCUGGGCCAUGCCUUCAGCGUGGAUCUGCCCAACCUCAAGACCCUGGACCUCUCCCUCUGCAAACAGAUCACUGACACAAGUCUGGGACGGAUUGCCCAGCACCUGAGGAAUCUGGAGACCCUGGAACUGGGCGGCUGUUGCAACAUCACCAACACUGGACUCCUGCUCAUAGCGUGGGGCCUAAAGAAGCUGAAGCACCUGAAUCUGCGAUCCUGCUGGCACAUUAGUGACCAGGGCAUUGGUCACCUUGCGGGUUUCUCACGCGAAACGGCCGAGGGCAAUCUGCAACUGGAGUAUCUGGGUCUGCAGGACUGCCAGCGGCUGAGUGACGAGGCCCUUGGUCACAUUGCCCAGGGUCUGACCUCGUUGAAAUCGAUCAACCUGAGCUUCUGCGUCUCCGUGACGGACAGCGGACUGAAGCACCUGGCCCGGAUGCCAAAGCUGGAGCAACUGAACCUCCGUUCCUGCGACAACAUUUCGGACAUCGGAAUGGCCUACCUCACGGAGGGCGGCAGCGGGAUCAACUCCCUGGACGUUAGUUUCUGCGACAAGAUCAGCGAUCAGGCACUGACGCACAUUGCCCAGGGACUCUACCGACUAAGAUCUCUGUCGCUGAAUCAGUGCCAGAUCACCGAUCACGGAAUGCUGAAGAUCGCCAAGGCGCUCCACGAGUUGGAGAACCUCAAUAUCGGACAGUGCAGCCGGAUUACGGACAAGGGCCUGCAGACGCUGGCCGAGGAUCUGACCAAUCUCAAGACCAUCGAUCUCUACGGCUGCACGCAACUCAGUUCCAAGGGCAUCGACAUCAUCAUGAAGCUGCCCAAGCUGCAGAAGCUCAAUUUGGGCCUCUGGCUGGUCAGGUGAUGCGUCCACCACGAUUGCAACGCCUGUGCGGCGGAGGAGGCCGCUCGCGGCUCUAGUAAUUCCCAACCAUAGAUUUCAAGUGGAAAAGGGAGGGCAGGCGGAGCAGACAAGAUACACUGAGAACUCAUAGCUUUCGUUUGCCAUACCACACGCUGUACUACAUUUUUUUCGUACGAUUCGAGAAACGAGCUAAGAGGCACAAAACAACACGGCAAACAAUGCGGCACACACACAAACACACGCAAGAAAAAGCAAGGCGAGCGGUCGGAGUUGGGGAAAUAGAGACAGGGACAGACGGUGUCAGGGGGAGAGUGCUGUCAGUUCAGCUUGUACUCAGAUAAAUUUUUUUUUGUUGGCAAAAAUGUACUACAGUUUUGUCCCCCAUCCAAGGUUUAUGUCCCAAUUUUAUGGUUUUUUAGAAACAAAUUCUUUGAUUAUUGAACUCCCAAACAUCUUCUUACACGACCUGAAUUUUUUUUUUUGCUAAGAUGCAGUCAACAUCGAAAUCCUAAACAAUAUUUUCUGAAAUAUGUAUAUAUCGACUUAUACAUAAACAACCGAUCCCAUAAACUAUAAAAUACCUAAACUUACGAAAAGUCAUGAAAAUUCAGCUCGUGUAAAAAGGGUUUAUAUCCAUUUAGAUAAAUUUCAGCUUAAUCUAGCUAUUUUUCUGCAGAAGACCAGACAGCACUGUUCAUGGAGCUCGCUCUGCUGCGUUGUGUUGUGUUGUUGUUCCUAGGGGGCAAGAGCGAGAGGGGAGACAGCCGCUGGCGUCGGCUUACACGCACGCAGCGAUAAACAAAAAAAAAAGAAACAGCAGGCAACAACAACUGCAGCUAUGGCCGACAGCAACAAAGUGCAUGGCGAUGGAGACCCACGAUAAGCAGUGGGAGGGGGGAGAGCAGGAGAGUGGGCAGCAAAUUUACACACACAACGCAUGUGUGUGUGUGCAAUGCAGGCCGCAGUUAAGCAGAUGCAAAUAAAUUUAAAUAGUUUAUUUUAAUUCACGCUUCGGCUACAAAAGCCAGCGUCCUCCAUUGCCACAGCAACAACAGAAAACAACAACAGCAGCAUAAUAGCGAUACAACAACAAAGCUAAAAAGAGAGGGAGUAUAGGGAAUUAAAACUUGACUCUCCGCUCUUUUUUCUCACUCUCCAUCGCAUUUUUCUUGCUCCCCUUUUGUGUUUGUAUCUUUUUUGUUUUUGUUCCUCGACGUUUUCUUCUCAACGUUCGUUGCGAAUUUGUUUAGUACAGCGUCGUUAGUUAUGCCGUUUAAUUUAGUUGAUUAAAACGUAAACAAAAGAGUAACGAAAACUUAAGCAAAAACAAUGUUAAUAGUAGACACUUAAUGAAAAUGCGUAAAUUUUAGUUCUUAGUUAUUAACCUUUGUCAAGCCACAAUUAGUCAAAUAACGAAAACGAGGGGAGAAUAACCAUUAACACAAGUUAUAAAAACAUAAAAAAAAAACAAAAAACAAAACAACCUUGUUUAAUAGCAAAAAACUCACCCAAACACUUACACACACAAACAAACACACACAAACGUUAAAGAAAAUUCUGUAAAUUUUUUAUUGUUUAAUUUAUAAGUAAGCAAGCAAAAAGAGAAGAUAACGAUUGAAAAGAAUUUGCGAAUUAAUUCUUUUUUCUAUUGUGAUAUAAACUGUAUUGUAUAAAAAAGAAAAACAUAAACAAGCAAGCAAAAAUUAAUGCUAAAACAACAAUUACGUAAUUUUAUUUAAGCAGCGAUAAGCGAAAAAGCGAGGAUUAAAUUAAAUAAAUUAAAAAUAAAUAAAUAUGUACAAUGUUAUGUUAAGUCAGGAUUUCUCCUAUUCUCUGUUUUUGGAUUAGUUAAAUGAGCCCGAUUCGAUUUUGUUGAUAUGCAAUAUACUGAAUGCCUUAAUUCCAUUUGCAAACUAUAUUAUUAACUAUGUUGAUUCUGAAAACCCCCUGAGUUUCAAUUGUGAGUUUUCCCUAGAUCUAAGUUUAUCGACGAUUGAUAUUUCUGUUUUAGGAGGCGAAACCCCCAAAAAAAUUUGAACGAUGAUGUUGGAGACACGGAAGAAGAGAAAAUAAAUUAAACAUGUAUAAAAAUCCAGCAAA